AUCCUAACGACGCCCGUACACGCCGCUCUACGCCGUGUCGUUGUUUUUCCUGCGAUGUCUCUUUAAAUGAGGCAGCGCGUGUAAUAAGUGUGGCUUCCCACAGCUCUGCCCGUUAGUUCGCGUAACAUCUGAUAAACCCGAGCCGCGCGCAGCAGGUGCGCUUCCGAACACAGAGAACGUUUUGGCGAACAAACAGAGCGCCUCGCGUCUCGGCGAGGACGGAAAUAACGCGUUCGACGCGGACGGCGCACGUUCGAUCAGAAUGUCGGCGAAGCUUUGAAGAACUUUCUGCUCGAAAGCGUCAGGUGCGAUAGGGUUGCUAACCGACUAACUGCCUGGGCACGGACCGGACGCGACCUCCGGCUUGUCCCGCACAAUUGCUCCACUUGUUUGAAGUGCUUUUGUUUGCGAUUGUGAUGCGCGCGGAUCUGGCACACUGCGCAGACGGAGCACCGCCGUGAACCCACUUCCAGAUGUCCGUCUCUCUCUGCUCGUAACAGGUGGAGCUCGUUUCACUCCAUCUGUCCGCUGCUGAAGUGGCAUAUAUGGGCAACCAGGUUGACAAACUGUCACACCUAAGUUACGCCGAAGUUCCCACGACCGACCCUAACGGACUGGACGCGGAGGAAGACGGCCCGCGGAUCGGCGUCUCCUACAUUUUCGCCACCGACGACGACGAACUGGACGACAACCACCACCAUCAGCACGAUGGAUCGGAGCAGAAGGAGGAAGAGAAGCAGCACAGCGAGCCGGACUGCGCGGUUUACCACCGAGACGAGUGCAUUUACGAGAGAAGCGGCAGCGCUACGGACCCGGAGACGUUCAGCUCGGAGAAUUUACUGAACAAAUGCAAGCCCGGGGACGUGCUGGAGUUCGUGUCCGCCGCUCAGUACCCGCACUGGGCUGUGUACGUCGGGGACUUCCAGGUGGUGCACCUGCACCGGGCGGAGGUCAAGAACAGUUUUCUGACCGACGCCAGUCAGGGCAGGAGGGGCAGGAUCGUAAACGAGCUGUACAAGUUCAAACCCCUCGGUCCUGACAUGGUGGUGCAGAACGCCAUGGAGCAGGUGGGCGCCAAAGACGGAGAGUUAAGUUGGAGGAAUUCGGAGUGUUUCGCCGCGUGGUGCAAAUUCGGUAAACGGGAGUUUAAGAUGGGAGGGGAGAUACGGAUAGGAAAGCAGCCGUACAGGUUGAAGCUCUUCCUGCCCGACAAACAGUUUCACGUGCUGGAGUUUCAGAGUUUGGAGGAUUUGAUCAUGGAGAAGAGGAGAAACGAUCAGAUCGGCAAAGCGGCGGUUUUACGGGAGCUGGCGCAUCAUUUGAGCAAUAGCGGAAGUGAAGCGAACGUCCAUUGACGUGCAACAGGUAGCGGAAAGAUGUGUAUCCGCGACACGACAUGUGCGUGAUUCUCACGAAACCCGGCCUGAAGGUUUAACUGCGAAAUUAUUACUUUUGAAAAACGACAGAACCGGGACAGAUUCCGAUUGGUCCGCGCCGUGGUACAGUACUAACUCUUCAUCAUACUCAUUUCAGUCAUGUCAGGGACUACGUCUUUUAGCGGAGGGAUAUUACUUAAAUUUAAUAAUAAAAAGUUUACAUAAAAACGUUGUUGCAACUGUCUUCAUGAGAACGACAAAUCACUCUAGGCCGUGCUGCAUUGUGAAUAUAGUAAUGGCUAAAAGGAAUCGGCUAGUGUCCCAAUAUUGACCAUUUAUAGCACAUGAUGGUUUAUUGGUUAAGAUGUUUUGGAUUGUAAGUAUUUGUGAAGCGUUAGCAUUUAAGAAAAACUCCCAUUGUUGUAAUGCAAAAGUAUGUUGUGUUUUUUGGUGAAAAUAUUUAUCACUGUAGGCUAGUGUUACCACCUUUAGCUUAUGUUGAUUUCAAUCUAAUAAAAUGCAUUGAAAAGCAAGCAGGCUGAAUUAUGGGUGGUAAAACUCGCUAAAUUGUCUUAAAAAUAAUGUUACGAUGCAAAACAUCUUAAUUACCAUAAAGGUAGGCUUCAUUUACCUUUUAGCAAAAAAAAAAAAUCUUAAUUUUGGGGCUUCGUGAGAUUCAUCUAUAUGUUGGUAUCUGACAUCGCAUAUUAUGAUGACAAAUUAUGUUAAUUUUCCUUCUGUUGGAAAUCGAAAUAAUUGCACACUGAGUUAUUAAAUACUUUGAGUUGGGUGGUAUUGUUUUUCGAAUAGAUUGCCUCUCAAGUUGUAAGCUGUUCUCUAUAAUGUAUAAUCAGGCUCUCUGUGAGUUGCAAAAUAGCCAUAAAUCAUCAUAUGUGGACCUUGCUUUAUAAAAGUUUUGGCACACAUGAAAUUAUAGCAAGUAAACAGUGACUGAAA